UGAACAAAAGAAUGAAAGGUAUAUCAGGAGUAUUAGUAAUUCUGCUUUUAAGUCAGAGUGUUUUAUGUAGCCCAAAGAAGAUCAAUACAGAUUUUUUGAAUUUACUUAGUUCUAAAACAAAUGUAAUGAGUUCUUAGGAUGCUAUCCAAUCAGUGCUUAUAUUGUUAGAAGAUCUUUAAGGAGCAAAUGUAGAAGCUUAAGAUAAAGCUGAUCUUACAUUUUAAAGAUUUGAAUAAGCCAUAUUGUAAGACAUCAAUGAGUUCUCUGGAAUAGUGAAUGUAAAUUCAAAGAGUGCAGCUGCAGCUCAAUAAGAUUUGGAAGCUGUCGAGUAAUUGUUUAUAAUUCAACUUAAAGUCUUAAAAUCCAAUAAACAACAGACUACUUGAAUUGGAAUAACAAAAGAUACAAGGCAAACGAAGUUAAACUUGAAAACUUAGCUGAAUAAAGAUGUGAAGCCAAUGCAUUAUUCAUUGAUACAUUGAGAGAAUACAAGAAUGCACUUUCUGUCCUUGAUUGGGUCAGAAGUGAUGCUCAAAACAAAUAAAGUACUUUAAUAGAGAAGAGUCAUAUUGGAGAUUAUGCAGAGAAAUUAAGCAAAUAUGCUAAUCUAUUUGAAGAAUAAGCUGUCUCAGAUUUUGUUAAAUUAGGUGAAGAACAAACUUCAUUUGCUUAAACAAGUAAAACUAUCAUAGUAGCUAAUUAAUUUAGGAUAACAUGGUAAUGGUGAAUAAAUAGCUUCAUUAGUAGAAAAAGAUGUUGUAGCAAUUAUUUAAUAAUUAAUUGAAAAAUUAAGAGAAACUAUCAAAAGUCUUGAAGAAUAAGAAAUUCAAUCUGCCAAUGAUUUUGCUGAUUUUAAGACUAAUUUAUUAGCAGAAUAAGAAUCUCUCAAAUAAGAAUAUGAUGCUAAAGCAAAAUUUUUGAAUUCCUUAUAAAAUGAUAAAGAACUAGCAUCAGAUAUCUUAACUAAAAAGAAAGAACUAUAAGAUUAAAGUAUGAGAAUCUUAAGUUUAACUUAAGGUAUAUUGAACUUUUAAUUAAUUUAGAGGAAUAUAACUAUAAAAAGAAAUUAUAUAACUCUGAAAAAACAAAAAGACAUGAAGAAAAUUAGUUAUUAGAAGAAUCACUUCUAAUCUAUAGAGAAAAGAUUGCUACUGUUAAUGAAUACUUGAAAAAGAGAGUCAACGAGUAUGUUGGAGAAUCUUUAAUCGAAGAACAUGCUGUUAGCAAUCAAGCUCCAGUUCAAAAUAGAAAAGGAAAAUAAUGAUAAAAAAACACACAUUAAAAUUAUAAUUAUUCUAAAAGUUG